GGGGCCUCGGAGCCAAGACGAGAGAACAUGCUACCGUGAAGGCACAGUCACAGCUUUCACAUAAGCACGCGGCUGGCACUGUUAGAAUUUAGUGCCCCAAAGGAAGACCCUCAAUGAACAGGCAUUUCUGAGGCAGAGUACAUAGGCAUCUGGACUUGAGACUUGAGCCACUGCCUGAAGGUAUGGUGAGAUCAACAGAGGAAGAGACGAUUGACAUUGGGAAACCAGCCCAUUAUUCACAGUUCUCAAAAGGAGUGGGCAUGCUGUACCACAAAGUGCCAACAAUAUAACACCAAGCCAUUAACUAAUCAGAGAAAAUGGAACUGAAUGUGAAGCCAGCAUGGAGCAGCAUCAUUCCUUAGCGGGCAACUGUGACGAUGGUGAGAACUCAGAAAGAGAGGCUCAGGGAUUCGAGCAUCGGACCUGUAUGGACUCUGGGGAUCCUUCCUUUGGGCAAAAUGAUCCCCCUACCAUUUUGCCCAUUACUGCUCCUAAAACAUAUGAUUCACUCACAUCACAGGAUAUGCCAGAGACACUGACUGACACACAGGCCCUUCAUGAAGAGCAAUUUCAUCUUUUGGACCAAAAUGGGCAGCCUAUUCAAUAUGAUCUUCAGUCUUUGGGAAAUUCUACUGCACAAAUGGCAGGGAUGGAGCAAGUGGUCAUACCUCAGGAGCCCUUUGCAGAUGAGCAUAGCCCUCAAGAUAUCUCUGAAGAGAAACCCACUGGUGGAAGCUUACCAGCUGUAAGAGCAGAUGUUCUUGAAGACGGCACCAGCAAUUACGGCCUUGGCUCACCAGCAUCCCUUGUGCUACCCAAAAAGUCAGGGGCCAGAGUUGUUGAAGAACCUUUGCUGGCUCCUCUCCAGCCACUCUCUUGUAACACACCCAUGUGGGCCUGCCGUCUUAGGAGUUGUGAGAAAAUUGGAGAUUCCUACCGUGGCUACUGUAUAAGUGAGACUGAAUUAGAAAGUGUCCUAACUUUUCACAAGCAGCAAACACAGACUGUCUGGGGUACUCGCCAGUCUCCAAGCCCAGCCAAACCUGCCACACGCUUGAUGUGGAAGUCUCAGUAUGUCCCAUAUGACGGAAUCCCAUUUGUCAAUGCAGGAAGUCGAGCUGUGGUAAUGGAGUGUCAGUAUGGACCAAGGAGAAAAGGUUUUCAGUUAAAAAAAAUCAGUGAGCAAGAAAGUAGGUCUUGUCAUCUCUAUAAAGCUACUUGUCCAGCCAGGAUAUACAUUAAAAAGGUACAGAAAUUUCCUGAAUAUAGAGUACCUACAGACCCCCAAAUUGACAGGAAGAUAAUCAGACUGGAGCAGGAGAAAGCCUUCACUAUGCUGAAGAAGAACCUGGUGGAUGCUGGUGGUGUACUUCGAUGGUAUGUGCAGUUACCUACACAGCAAGCUCAUCAGUAUCAUGAAUCAGAGACUCCUGGUGUCCCUUUGUCACCGUCACCUUUUCCUAUGUCUCCUCUUGAAGAAGAGGAAGCUAUAGUCAGAGAUGAGAACUGUGCGUUGCCCUCUCGUCUCCACCCGCAAGUAGCGCAUAAGAUUCAGGAAUUAGUGUCACAGGGAGUAGGACAAGUGUAUGCAGUAAGGAAGCAGCUAAGAAAAUUUGUGGAAAGAGAACUGUUCAAACCUGAUGAGAUACCUGAAAGACAUAAUUUAUCUUAUUUUCCAACUGUAAAUGAUAUAAAAAAUCAUAUCCAUGAGGUACAGAAAUCCUUGAGGACUGGAGAUGUGGUAUAUAACUCAGAGAUUAUUCCAGCAACGCUUCAGUGGACGACGGAUAGUGGGAACAUUCUCAGAGAGACUGUAACAGUUACAUUUGCAGAAGGAAAUUUACUAGGAGAACCAAUUCCCAGCAAAAUGGGAACAAGUCAGACACAGACUGCUUUGUCUCCAGAGCCACUUCCCUUGCUCUCCCCACUUUCUUCAUUUCCACCCAAAAUAUUUACACACUUUCCGGCUUUGAAGUUACAGCCAAGACUCUCCUCUCCUGAUGGCUCACAAGCUUUGGUAUCAGUAGAUAGCCAUGCAUCCUCUAGUCCUUCCGGCCUUGUGGAUGCUGUAGGAAAUGCUGAAGUGAAUAACCACUCUCUACUGCUUGGUCAGAGUCAAAACCUUGGGACAGAUACAUGCCUAACCCAAAACAACAGCACUUCCUCUUCCAUGGGUAACCUCCCAGAAUCAGUCCCGGAUCUAGUUGCAGAGGAUCAGCUGGUGGAAGGUGAGGAUGUUGAGGAUGCAGGGACUCCGGAAGGAAGUGUAAAUAGGACUCUGUUGGGAGAUGUACAAACCGUUCCGAUACAGAUCAUAGACAGCCAUCCAGCUCUUGUUGAAGAAAGUCUGCCUAAGAACCAAGUUAAACAAGAAACCAAUGAGCCAACACUGUCUACAGAAGCAAAAACUUUCCUGGACUGUAAAAAAAUAUCUGCUACAUAAAUAUUUUAGGUUUUUCAGAAUUUACAGCUCUGGCCCCUUCUGAUGUCUUAGUAGGUGGAGAUUGUCUGAGAUGGUGUAUCAGUCACUGGAUCAGAAAUGUAUGAUGGGCAGUUUUGACUUAAAGCUCCAAUAUUUGUUGCCAAUUCUAUAUUUGUAUUUCCCUUAAGAAAUAUUUUACUUUAUUUUGUAUUCCUUUUUAUUAUUAUUAUUAUCCAGUAAGGCAAAUAUUUUAAAACAUCAUCUGAAGUUAUCCACAGUAAUUUAGUGUGAAUGCAAAUAGUUAUCUCUCCAAGUUUUGGUUUUUACAAGACAGAAAAGACCAACAAUAAAAGCAGUGUGUGAGUGCAUGUGGAGGUGUGUCAGAAAAUGUAAAGUUGUAAGAACAGUUUUGAUUAACCGACAGGUGAGAAACUAUUUAUCAUCUGUGUAUUUGGAAAGAUAGAGCAAUAGAUGUGUAUGGUAGCACAGAGCCACCAAACACACCUCCAAUGCUGCAUUUGCAGUUUAUCCUUGGCUUACAUCUUUAACUGUAAAUGAGUGGUACUCAAGGUCAUCUGUAGUCCAUCUGUCAGUCAUUUCAGUGACUUGGAAAUAUUAAAACAUUGAACUAAUCACACAUUAAAAUAACACAAAUGAAUGUAAAUGACGUGUAUGUUAAAUGGGACUGGAGGUAAAUCUCUACCUAGGAAUAGAAACAUGAAAAAUUCAGAGAUGUGGGGAAAUGUUAGAAUUUCCUACUAUUUAUAGAUCAUUUGGGGGAACUUUUGAUGAUAGAAAAAUUGUUGUUGCUUUUUAAAGAUUCAAUUUUGACUAGAAAAUAAUUUAAAUAGUAUUUACAUUUUUUUCUGUACUAGAGUUCUUUCUGAAUUGAUAGUAUUACGAUUUAUAUAUUUCAAGGUAAGUAUAUAUAGCUUGAAAUAUAGUUCAUAUUUGAAACUUAAAAAUGUCUUAUCUGAUAUUUACUCAUUAAAUAAGAAUAUUUAUAUUUAUACCUAGUACCAAAUAUCAAGUAAUCAGUAUGUUCAUUAUAAACUUGUUUUUAUGGAAGAUUGACUAGGUAGAAAUUUCAAAUGUAACCAUUCUGAAAUUAACCAAGCUGAAUGUAGUGGUACAUACCUGUAAUCCCAGCACUGAGGAGGCCAAGGAAUCGGAUUAUAAAUUCAAUUAGCCUAGGUUAUAGAGCAAGACCUUACUAAGAAAGAUCACCUAGAAGAUUCUUUUUCUGGAGAUUCAUUUGUGAGUUACUUACUUUUUGUUUUGUUUUGUUUUGUUUUGUUUUGUUUUGUUUUGUUUUGUUCUGUUUUGUUUUGU